CCUACCAAUAACCGGCCAGUUUUUUUGUCACUCAGUCGCUGGACGGUCGGCUGCUUUUUUGAUGAUCGAAGCUUUCGAUGGAAAAUAAACAGGGAUUGUACGUUUACUCCUUUUUUUUAACUGUAAUAUUUGAAUUAAAGAAUAUCUAUAACACGUAAAGGAAAGUGUUAUGAAGACCCACAAUGCAUAAUGCUAACAACUAUACCAUCAUCAAAUUUGCUCAUGAUUGACCGUUGAAAGCAUAUAAUGAUAAUUUGGUGAUGGCAACAAAAGCACCAUAUUAUUAUAGUGAAAUAUUUCCAAAUAAAAACGCACAGUCAUCUAAUGACAAAAUAGGAAAUAUAAAGGCAGAUGAUAUAUCGAGCCCUGAUAAAUCACGUGGAUUUCAUAAUCCAUUAUUAUCUAUUGAACCAGAUAUUUCAACAUCAGAUAUACUAGAGAAACCAUCAGUAUUUCAAAAAAAGAAAAGGAAGAAAAAGAAAGGUAUUGGAACAUCUAUAUAUCGUAGAUCUAAUUCUCUUGUACAAAAUGGAGUCCACAUGUCACCAAGUGCUUGUUAUGCUAAACGAGACUUUGAUCCUAAUAUUUGUACUACACCCGUCAUGAGUAAAAGUCAUGGUGAGCAUAGAAGACGCAGCUCUGAACCUAAUAUAUAUGAAGAAAUACCUGAAGCUGUUCUUGCACAUGAUUCUGAAAUAUGUUCAGGAAGUAUAGGUGGUUUUUCAUUAGUACAUAGAAGAAAUCAUCCAAGUCGUAGUAGGAAAUCAGGAUAUCCUGUUUCUGAUGAUUGUACAGCAAAUGUAGUUUCAGACGAAGUCGCAAAAGUCCAAAAACGUCAUGCACAGAUUUUAGAAAAUUUAAAUUUAGAUGUUGAAGCAAUGUUAAUGCCUGAUGAUUCUGCUUGUUCAGAAGAACUUGAUGUAAAAGAAAUUAAUGUUAGUCCUGAAAGACGAAUUGAAACUUCUGCUAAGAAUACUCAGUCACCAGGAACACCUCCAUUGUAUUUUCCAUCUUCAAGAUGGCAAAAUACUAAUCAGAAUAAACCUCAAGUUAUUUAUCAUGGACGACGUGUCAUGAAUGAAUAUAUUUUACAACAAUCAGAUUUCGGUGGCACUUCUGUAUCAUCAAAAGGACAAUCACAUCAAAAUCAGAAAGCAGAUCAGCAAUUGACUGACACCAUAGGCUCGGGAAAGGUCAGCGAUGAACCUCUCUACAUGCUGUAUGACGAUUCCCAUAAGCAUCAGCAACUGUCUUCUAGAGACUCUGUGUGCCAGAGUAGUCCAGAAGAUAAUAUUUAUGAAGAGGUUGAUCUACAGAAUUUAGCCAAAGCUGAAAAUGAUAAUACUAAUUGGCUUGGAUCAGGAUUGUCUGGGAACCAAUUCAUUAGUUCAGGCAGUGAAGAAGAAGAAACAGGAGCAGCAAAACUGGCUGCACGUAUUAUUGGAAAACGAAAAAAAAGUAAAAAAGGAAAAGAAAUGGAGGGUAUUACUGGAGGUUUUACCAGAUGGUUCUCAACAAGGCGAAAAGAAUAUGAGUUAGAAAAAUGUAUGAAUAGAAUUAUAAGAAAUCAAGAAGAAGAAAAUUAUGUUGAUGUUAAAGUUCCCAAAAAACAACGACCUCCUCUUUCUCUACCUCCAAUGCCACAUGAUUUAACACCUGAAAAGAUGAAGAGACGUUACAUUGUUGGCAGUAUAGUUGAUAGUGAAAAUUCUUAUGUUAAUUCAUUACAGAGACUUAUUAAAGAUUACAAACGACCAUUAGAAGACAGUAAUCCACCAAUAGUGAGUGCAAACAAAAUAGGAAUUAUGUUUCAUAGGGUUGAACAAAUUUUACAAUGUCACACAAUAUUUGGUAUUGCUCUUACUCAAUGUGUUAGGCAAUGGGAUGAAGAAGAGAAAAUAGGCGAUGUAUUUGUUGCUUCUUUCUCAAAGUCAAUGGUGCUAGAUAUUUAUAGUGAUUUUAUAAAUAAUUUUUCCCUGGCUAUGGAAACUGCAAAGCAAGCUUCAAAGAAUAAAUCUGCAUUUGCAGAUUUUUUAAAGGUUAAACAGAUCACUAGUCCAGAUCGCUUGUCUUUCUUUGGUUUAAUGGUAAAACCAGUUCAGAGGUUUCCACAAUUUAUAUUAUUAUUACAAGAUCUUUUAAAAUACACUCCAGCUGGACAUCAUGACAGAAUGUCCCUGCAACUAGCUUUGACUCAAUUAGAAUCUCUAGCAGAAACACUUAAUGAAAGAAAACGUGAAUCUGAACAACAUCAUGCAGUCAGAGAAGUUUUAAAACAUAUUGGAAAAUUUUCCCUCAAAUCUUUUAAUGAUAAAGAUCAUUAUCUUUUACGUCAGGAUGAUGUAUUACAAUUGCAAUUAGACCAGAGUGGAAUUGUUGUGAAGUCCAAAGAUAGAAGAAUUUUCCUCUUAAAUGAUUUACUAGUCUGUGUUUCUGUUACUGUUAGAACAAAUGAUGCUAUUCCAAAUGGAGAACGUCUUAGUUUAAAAUGGGCUGUAUCACUUCAAGAUGUUGAAGUUCAUGAAGAUGUAGCACCAGCUACGAAAAAUCUCUUGGCUUCAUCUGGAAAGUCACGUUAUGGAAGUAAUAGAAGUAACGAAAGGCAUGCAUAUGGUAGCGGAACAAUGCAAUCUUUAUAUGAAGAAUUGAGUAAUUUGGUACAGGAUUUAGAAGUCAUAAGCCGUAUCACAGCAUUAGUAUCAACUCUUCAUUAUUCUUAUAGUGGUUUAAAUAUUGAAACUCUUCAAGGUUUUUCUCAAGGAAUACAAGAAUCUAUAAGACAGAAAGAUGAAGAAAUCACAUUGUUAGACAGUUGUUGUUUGCAGUUGGCUGUUCCAAUAAAAUCAAGGUCACCUAAAGAGACACUUUAUUUUCAAAUGGCCACUCCAGCUAUUAAAAGAGAUUGGAUUACUGAUUUACGUUUAGCUAAACUUGCUCUUGAUCCAAAUAAUACUCCAGCUUGGCACGUUCCAGAUCAAGAAAAAAGACCAAGUAGUAAAAUGCCAUUAUUUGUCAAAUCUUCAUCCGUUUGUACUGCUAACUGUGCAACUGAAGUGAAAUGUGGAUGCUAUAGCACAGUAUGCACAGGUUCAUUAACAGGUCAACAAUACUUAUGGUUGUGUAGUAGUGAUGGUGUAAAUAGUCAUCUUGUGGUUAUGGCUGUUCAUCAAAAACUACUUAAACAAGUUGCUGCAUAUGAUCUGAAUGAAACUCGAAUUCUUACAAUGGAAGCUGUUCAAGGUUGCUCACCAGAGAGUGGAAAUGAUCAGCUUAAUGUUGCCUGUGAUUUUUCGGAUACUGUUUGGUUAGGGACUGAUAGUCGCAAGUGAGUAUUUUUUGUAUAUUGGGAGCAACACAUCUAUAAAUUAUAUAUAUUAUUGUAUGCAAUACUCAUUACAUUAAGAAAUGGUUGUUGGCAAUUAUUGAAUCCUAUAAUAGUAACACUAGAUGUUGAACAAUCAGUCACUUGUAUUCUUCCUCUUGGUCUAAACAUGUAUUGUGCCUGUGGAAAUAAAGUUUGGAUAGUUGAUGCUCUUACUGCUGAAAUACAGAAACAUUACACAAUUCAAUCAGAAAAUGAAGGCCAUGUGCAUAUGUUAGCACAUUCAGGUACUGGAUUAUGGAUAACAAUGAAAAAUUCAGCCACUGUUAGACUUUAUCAUACUGAAACCUUUCAUCAUUUACAAGAUAUUAAUGUUGCUUCAAAUAUUGAGCGGUUAUUGUCAGGAAAACUACCAGAUAAAUCUGGUGCAAUUCAUGUUACAUCUUUGUUUGCAAGUCGUGGAUUACUUUGGGUAGGUACUAAUGUUGGCGUAGUUUUGACAGUACCAUUACCUCGUCUGGAAGGAGUUCCCAUUAUUAGUGGGAGAACCAAUGUUGCUUUUCAUGCUCAUCAAGGACCAGUGACUUUAUUAUUGAGCUUGCAAGUGAGACCAUCACUACCUGUAGUUUUGCCUUCUCCUCUCCCUAUUUCUAGUAAAACAGUCCAAGUUCAUGAAACAGCAGAAAAUCCUAAAACACGUGUACAGAAACAAAAAUCUGAUUCAAUGCUCCCAUCACCAGCAUUUGGAAAAAAAUCACAUGGAUUUCCACAUCGUAACAGUUUUAGUGAUGUGCAUUUAUCUGGAGCAAAAACAUUACCUCGAAGCAUGACAUUUUGUCCUCAUUCUCAUCAUUCACACAAUGUCAUUGAUGAUGGUAAUGAUGUCUAUGAUCUGUAUGCAGAUUUAAUGAAUAUACAAGAUUAUGAAAAAGAUAGUCAGGAGAAAGUGUACGAGCGAUUAAAUCAUAGUGAUCCAGAGCUUAUGAAUUUCCAUUUGACAACGCUAGAUAGAAGGCUUCAACAAAAAACAGGAAGACCAAGGUCUUGGGAUCUUUCUGCAAUGGCUGUUUCUGAAGAUUCCGAUUCUUCGGCGGCAUAUGAUUCUACAUCUACGGCAACAUCUACCGCUACGACAGCAGAAAUUGGUGCUUCGUCUCCAGAUUCUCGCAGGCUUUCCGAAGAUAGUUCGUCCCCAAGCCAUCCAUCAACGGUCACAUUAAUUCCAGAGAAAUCACAAACACAGACUGAUAUUCAAAAGACAAAGACUCUGAAUAGAACUGUUCGUAAGUUAUCUCACAAAUCAGCACAUGACACAUCACAGAAAACUGUCCUCAUGCUGACCGGAGGUUGUGGCUACACAAAUUGGAGGAAAUCGUUAGAAAGAGAGCCCAGAUUAAUGAGUGAUGCUCAUAUAAUUUUAUGGGAAAUGAAAUUGUGAAGUAGUCUAUAACAUUGUAAAUGUUAAUUAGUUAUAGGCAAUUCAAAUUUAUUUUCACUGUAUUUAGUUAAAAGAAAUUUGUUAUUGUUUUAAGUAAUGUGACAGUUUAGAAAGUAAAUAUAUAUUAUAUAUACAUAUAUUAAAGUUAUAAUUUUGUGAACAGCUGCAAAUAUAAGAAGUUGCUCUUUUAUAGUAAAUGUUUGUAUAUUGUCCAGAAUUUUUUACAUUUCUGUAAUUAGCUUGCAAUGUAGUCUCAGAAUACAAGUCAUCAUCUGCCACAUAACCUCUGGUAUUGUGAAAAAUCUUACCGUCCUCUCUAUAGAUCUGAUAAUUAAAUCAAAUUUUGUUGAGAAUAGAGUUUCAGGGUUUGUUAUUCUCAGGGCCCGUAAAUUAUGGUAUAGCAAUCAAUAGGGCGUUAGAAGUUGAGAUGUGGGAGUAAUCUCUUUAAUGUGUGUCAGAAAUGUUUAAAAUUUAAUACUCAGUUGGUGCACAAAAUAAUUUUCAAAAUUAAAAACAGUGCAGUGGUUUUUUGUUUUUAAUUCUCUUAAAAGAUGUUUAGAUGUUCUGUAAUUUUUAUAGGAAGGUAGGAGCAAAUAUUGUGCAUACAUUAUACAAUUUUUUUUUUUUUUGUAGAAUCAUCUAGGGGCCAGUUAAUAGUGAAUUGUCAUAAAAUGUAAAUUUGAUUCUUUUCUUUUUUUUUCUUCUAUUUUUUAAAGGUACAAAACCUUCAUUGAUCACAAAAUGUAUUUCUUAUUUCCAAAUCCUAUGCAUUUAAAUUAUAUUAUAUUGAAUUUUUAAUAAAUUAUUUUAUUUUUGUUGAAACUUUAUAUCAAGUCUACAUUUUUUUUUAUAUGUUUUAUAGCUGAUUUAUAUUGUGUUUAUUCAGUUUUUAUAUUAUUGUACCUGAAAAUAUCUGUUUCCCUAAGGAAUUGUUGGUGCUCCUGUAAAUUUUAACUAAGAUAAAAUCAGGAUUACAUGCAGAAGUUUAAAUUUCUCAUUAAAAUUAAUAAUUUGCUACAUUUAAACAUUAGAGAGAGAGAGAGUUAGAAAGGAUAGGAUGGAUUUAAAAAUAUACUUAAGUAUAAAAAUUCUAAAUUAGUGACGAAAUUAGUCACUUUAAUCAAAACUUCUAUAUAUAUAUAUAUAAAAUAAAUAAAUUAUAUAUAUAUUAUAUAUUAUAAAAAAUAAUAAUAAUGCUCAAGUUGUAAUAUUCAUCAUCUGUACUGUAUUUUGUUAGAAAUCUUCAAACAUUUUGGCUUUCUAACCCAUAAUUUUAAAAAGUUUUUUGUAAUUAAAUUAUUUUUUAAUCAAAAACAAAGUGGCAAAUUUCAAUUGGCAGUGAAGAUGGUGUGCACAGGUUUUGUACACAAAAAAAGAAAUUUUUUCGAAGUUUAAUAUACUAAACAUUAAUCUAAACACUUUGCCAAGUGACAGUUUUUGACUGCCAAUUUUUAGCACGAUUUAUUGACAAUUUUUGACAAUCAUUUAAAAAUAGAAAACAAAGCAUCUUCAAAUAUACAGGAAAAGAAAAAUGCCAUUUUGUAAAUAGAGAUUUUUCUUCCUUGUGUGAUAUUUUAACCUGCCAUCUUUAUAAAUAUUUUCUAUAUUCUAGUUUCCAAACUCUCCUAAACUAGAUUAAUUGGUAAUAAAAAAGAAAAUCCAAAGAUAGUUUUGUACACCUUGUGCGAGCUAAUAAUUAAAUUUCCAUAUUGAGCGUGUGGCUUUCACCCAUGUGUUUGGGGGUUUUAAUUUAUUGUAACCUACGUAUUGCGGUGCCUUAGAUACCGUCUACAUGCCAAUAAAUUGUAAUUAAGUGGGUCCGUCGAAAGCUACGGAGAUUCUUUCCGAUCUCAUCUUUUAUCUAGAUUGUCUGUUCUUAGUGAUAAAUAGUUAAAAGUUCCUCCGUAUAAAAAUUCAAAUACGCUCGAAUUACAAAUGGAAAUAAACUCUAUCUCUUGUUACACGCCUCUCAAUCUUUAUACAGUAUUGUUGAAAAUUAAAUUGUCGAUUUAUUGAUUUGCAGCUAAUUGUAUUUUCUGUACAGUGUGUUAAUAAAUUUUGCUCUGUAGAAAUUUUGCCCAAUUGUCUGUAAUUAAAGUAUCAAUAAAAUAUUUGAGUAAUA